UUGACAUUACAUACGUCAAAAGGACAACGCAUGACAGAGGAGACCUGCACUGUUCAAAUCCUUGUCCCCGGCCUCAAAGGAGAACCAGGGGAGAAAGGACCAAAGGGAGCCCCAGGGAGACCAGGAAGAGUAGGGCCACCAGGGAAAAUUGGCAUAAAGGGGGACAUGGGGGAUCCAGGACCAAGAGGUCCAGAUGGAGAUCCAGGUGCCCCGUGUGAGUGCACACCAAUAAGAAAGAUGAUUGGCGAAAUGGACAUCGUUGUGGCCCAGCUAUUUUCUGAACUGAAGUUCAUCAAGAAUGCUGUCGCCGGCAUUAAAGAGACAGACAGUAAGGUGUACCUGCUGGUGAAGGAGGAGAAACGCUACACCGAUGCCGAGCGCCACUGCCAGGCGAGGGGUGGGCACCUGGCCAUGCCCAAGGAUGAGGCUGCCAACACGGCCUUGGCGGGCUACAUUGCGGCUGAGGGUCUAAGCAGAGUCUACAUCGGCGUUCACGACCUGGACGUGGAAGGAGUGUUCACGUACGUGGACCGCUCUCCUAUGUCCACCUUCAGCAAAUGGAGAAAAGGGGAGCCCAAUAAUGCUUACGACGAUGAGGACUGUGCUGAGAUGGUGGCCUCCGGAGAGUGGACCGAUGUUGCGUGCCAUCCAACAAUGUAUUUUGUGUGUGAAUUCGACAAGGAAGCUGUCUGAGUUGGUAUCGGAU